GUAAUCAGAUAGAAUGUGACUUUUCACCACAUGACACAUCAAUGCAAAUUCUGUCCUCCUCCAAGGCUCUGAUAGGAUGAUACAAAAUGACAGCCUUAUGUGGGUAGAGGCCUCAACUUUUUCACUUCUCAGUAUAAAAUAAGGUUCACUCUCAGUUGUAAGAGAAGUGACUCAUGCACUGAUGUUGGAUCAUUCGUGAUUUUGUGUUUGGGUAUGUAAGCUACUUGUGUUAAACAAUAUUCAAUCAUCACAGUGUGAGGCUCUAUUUUUCAUUGUUCUGUUUUUGUUUGCAAACCGAUGGGCUUUGGGCAACUAAAAAGUCCAUUUAAAGGUCAUCGUAGUCCAAUAUUCAGUCAAGGUCGGGCUCAAAUAAAGAGAAACAGCAAGGGGAAAUUAGUGAUUUGAACUUGAAAUUUAGCAUAUAAAAUGGAAAAAUGCAAUGAUACUGUAAUGCUACACCUGCAUGUAUAAUGCUUUGUGUUAUUUUAAUAAUUUGUGUCUUUAGGAAAUAUCAAAGAUGGGGUCAGAACAGAGCACCCUUCAAAAGAAUGGCUACAUACCUGAAAAGGAAACAGAACAUCAUGCUGUUGCUACUAAAGGAGAUGAGAAAUUUUCCAUCAUAAAGAUCAGUUUUAAGACAUCUGACUAUGUUGAUCCAGCAGUGACUAGCGAGAUAAAAAUCCUCAAGGAAACACAUCAUUCUCAUAUUGUGAGCUUCAAAAACUCUUUCCAAGAGGGCAAGAUUUACUAUGUGGUGAUGGACUACUGUCAGGGAGGGAGCCUUGCUUCAAAGAUCAGACAGAUUCCAUGUCCAAAAGAGUCUGAGGUACUUAGCUGGAUUGUUGAGAUCAGUAUGGCUUUGAGAACCAUGCAUAAAAAUGGCUUGAUUCACAAACAUCUGACACCAGAGAAUGUACUCCUCACUGAAUAUGGCACAGUGCGCUUGGGCGAAUCUGGAAAAAUCUAUGAAAGUUCAAAACAAACACAGCCAAAAACUGGAUCAGAUCGAUUUGAAAAUAUAAAUUUUCUGGCACCAGAAGUCUUCACAGAUGGGAUGUAUGAUGACAAAAGCGACAUUUGGUCAGUGGGAUGCAUACUCUAUGAGCUCUGUACUCAACAUUCACCGUUCUCAGCAGAGACUUCAAUCAAGCUCAUUCCCAAGAUAAUUGGAGCUCCUUACCCACCUCUCCCAGAGCACUUCUCACCAGAGCUUUGUGAACUACUGAGUGAUAUAUUAAACAAAAACCCUCAAUCAAGACCAACAGCCAGCGAGAUCCUGGAACGUCCUAUCAUGAUAAGGUGUCUCUUAGAAAAGAGCAAAGACGCUGUGAAGGACCUCCAGACCAAGUUGGACAAUCUCAGGAAAGUGGCAGACGGUUUGGAGCGUGUGCACCAGGGUACCACCAUCGGCAGUCUGGCAGGAGGAGUAAUUGGAGCGGCAGGAGGGAUCACAUCCAUAGUGGGUCUUAUACUGGCCCCUUUCACUUUGGGAGCCUCUCUCAUUGUCACUGGGGUUGGAGUAGGAGUGGGUGUAGCUGGUGGGCUCACUGCUGGUGCUUCCAAUAUCACUAAUAUGGUCAAUCAGUCCUCUGAUCGCAAAGCUGUUCGAAGCAUCAUUAAAGAGUUUGAAGAGAGAAUUAAUGCAAUUGUCACUUGGCUCCAGGAGAUUACGAUCAUUUUAGAGGCAAUCCAGGGCAGAUGUGACUCAGCUGACACACUUGACAAUGAGGGUAGCCAGUUAAAUGAAGGCAACCUGUCCAGGAUUAGCUCUAGGGCAGGAAGAGGCCUAGGAGGCAUUGCUGAGUUGAUUCGGCUAGUUCAAGUAAUGAACAUUGGCAGAAUUGCAGCACAAACUUCCAGGGCAGUGCGUGUGGCAGAGGUGGCAACGGGUGUGUUUUCUGGUUUGUUUCUGGCAGUGGACAUCUUCUUCAUUGCCAUGGAUGCAAGGGAGCUACACCGCAUUAGACAGGCAAAGGCAGCAGGGGAAGGAGGUGCACCUUCACUGUCUCAGACUGAAACUGAUAACGUUACAUCCACCUCUGACCGAGAUGCACUAGUGGCAAGCUCUAUAAUGCAAGAGGUCACACCUCAGCCACAGAACCAGGCUUCCCAAAAUGAUACUCAGAUCAGAUCUGAGAUCAUGAAAUUUGUUCGAUCAAUCAGACAGGCAGCAGACGAAUUGCAAAGAGUCUUGGAUGAGCUCGAAAGAAUCAUCACAUCCAUCCCUUCACUUCAGUAUUAGAGAGAGCUAGAAUGGUUACACUGAUGUUGCUUGGUACAAGUCAUGCAUUCCUAACAUGUUAAAAUCCAAAAUGACACAUCAGGGGACACACCCCAUUUUUUUCCUUUGCUUAUACUCUGCUCUGUUCAAAUGCUCUGGUCUAAUACACACAUUUUGAUGCAUUUCUACCUUAUCGGUGAUGUGAAAACAUCAGAUUUCCACACAGCGAAUAUAAAAGUUUUUGUCUCAUCAUAGUUAAGUUAUAAAAUCCCAGCGCAACACAGAACAUCUCUCCUGCUGGGCUAGUCAAACCCACCUGUGAAUGGUUCUCUGGGAAAAGAACUCAGCACAGCAUUGGUUGGUUUGACCAAUGACCCACAAGUGGCCCUAAAGACUCUGAAACUCAGAGCUCACAUGUGUCCUCAACAAGUCUUUAAGAACACUCCCACACAGAGUUUAAAAGCCUACCAACACUUCUCCAGGUAGUUAGAACCAAAGAAGCCUCUUGGAUGAGAGGUGAAAAUCUGUCAGCACACAGAUUUACCAUGACCUGGAUGACUGAGAACCUUCGUCAAUAUAAUGACAAUUAGUCUCAUACUCCCAUUUAUGACCCUGAUAACUGUGUUCAUUAUAGUUCUGCUUUAAUAAUGUUCAAUGCUUAUUGUAUAGUUACAUAAAGUAUUUCUGUUUCAUGAUGUUUUACAAUGGUAGAAACCUGAAAAAUAAGAGAUCAGUAGUACUAGUAGUAGUAGUAGUAGUAGUAGUAGUAGUAGUAGUAGCCCAAUGUUGCCAGCAAUCUGAACCUUGAGUUUAUUCUUUUGCCUGUUUUAUUUUGUAGGGGCUAACUGCAUUAACAUUAAUAUGCGUGUUUGUGAGUCAUUCGACAAUUAUUUUGUAUUCAUUUUUGUGUACUUCUUUUGUCAUAAUUUUGACAACAAUUAUGACAAAACAUAAUUUUGUAAGAACAACUUGGUGUUUCCUAAAUCACUGCAAGCUUGUAAUUACCAUAUGAAUCCAUUUAUAAUACAUAUAAAUAUUGUAAACAUCUGCAUUGAAGAAAAAUAAAUCCAAAUUGUUACAAAGA